AUGGCAGCUAUAAAUUUAGUCGAGAUAGGAAAGAGAGAUCUUUGGAGUAAUAACGAUGGAGCUAGAUGGGCAUUGUUUGCAAUCUUCAUUCUUAUAAUAUUGAUCGUCAUAGGAGGAACGUUGAAAGUCAAUAAAAAGAGAACUACUAAUGGAUUACAACCAAUUUAUGGUACUAGAUGGAUGACUCCGCCAUCAUAUAAUCAAUCACAAACUCAAUAUGAUCAACCAGCAAAUGGAGGAGGGGAUGUACCUACGAACUAUGUGCCAACUUAUACCGAGAGGGCCAAUGAUCAAGAUAUGGGAUAUUAUGAUAAUAACGGAGAAUUUCACCCCAAUCCUAAUGUGAAAAAUUUCCAAAGUCACAACGAUAGUCUGUUCGUAGCGCAUCCACCUGAAAGUCACAACAGAUCAUACAGCACUAGUAAUGGGGUGGCACUCGAUGAUUUGGAUGAGGAUUUAACAAGACCGACCUUCCGUUCCAAUGACGUUUCACCCCCUGCUGGACCUCCGCCCAAUGUUGAACCUUCUCACGCUGCUAAUCAAACCACAAAUCCAUCUGAACAUACGGCCACACCUUCAAGGAAUUAA